ACGCGGAGAAAAUGGCGGCAGGGGUCGAAGCGGCAGCCGAGGUGGCGGCGACGGAGCCCAAAAUGGAGGAGGAGAGCGGCGCGCCAGGCGUGCCGAGUGGCAACGGAGCUCCGGGCCCGAAAGGUGAAGGAGAACGACCAGCUCAGAAUGAGAAGAGGAAGGAGAAAAACAUAAAAAGAGGAGGCAAUCGCUUUGAGCCGUAUGCCAAUCCAACUAAAAGAUACAGAGCCUUCAUUACAAACAUACCUUUUGAUGUGAAAUGGCAGUCACUUAAAGACCUGGUUAAAGAAAAAGUUGGUGAGGUAACAUACGUGGAGCUCUUAAUGGACGCUGAAGGAAAGUCAAGGGGAUGUGCCGUUGUUGAAUUCAAGAUGGAAGAGAGCAUGAAAAAAGCUGCUGAAGUUCUAAACAAGCAUAGUCUGAGUGGAAGACCACUGAAAGUCAAAGAAGAUCCUGAUGGUGAACAUGCCAGGAGAGCAAUGCAAAAGGCUGGAAGACUUGGAAGCACAGUAUUUGUAGCAAAUCUGGAUUAUAAAGUUGGCUGGAAGAAACUGAAGGAAGUUUUUAGUAUGGCUGGUGUGGUGGUCCGAGCAGACAUUCUUGAGGAUAAAGAUGGAAAAAGUCGUGGAAUAGGCACUGUUACUUUUGAACAGUCCAUUGAAGCUGUGCAAGCUAUAUCUAUGUUUAAUGGCCAACUGCUAUUUGACAGACCAAUGCACGUGAAAAUGGAUGAGAGGGCCUUACCAAAGGGAGAUUUUUUCCCUCCUGAGCGUCCACAACAACUUCCCCAUGGACUUGGUGGUAUUGGCAUGGGGUUAGGACCAGGAGGGCAGCCUAUUGACGCCAAUCAUUUGAAUAAAGGCAUUGGAAUGGGCAACAUAGGACCCGCAGGAAUGGGAAUGGAAGGCAUAGGAUUUGGAAUAAAUAAAAUGGGAGGCAUGGAGGGACCCUUUGGUGGUGGUAUGGAAAACAUGGGUCGAUUUGGAUCUGGGAUGAACAUGGGCAGAAUAAACGGUGGAGGUGGAGGCAGUGUCCCUGGAAUUGAGAGGAUGGGCCCCGGCAUUGACCGCAUUGGGGGUGCCGGCAUGGAGCGCAUGGGUGCAGGCCUGGGCCACGGCAUGGAUCGUGUGGGCUCUGAGAUUGAGCGCAUGGGCCUGGUCAUGGACCGCAUGGGCUCAGUCGAGCGCAUGGGCUCCGGCAUCGAGCGCAUGGGCCCACUGGGCCUCGACCACAUGGCCUCCAGCAUCGAGCGCAUGGGCCAGACCAUGGAGCGCAUCGGCUCUGGUGUGGAGCGCAUGGGUGCCGGCAUGGGCUUUGGCCUGGAGCGUAUGGCCGCACCCAUUGACCGUGUGGGCCAGACCAUCGAGCGCAUGGGCUCUGGCGUGGAGCGAAUGGGCCCUGCCAUCGAGCGCAUGGGCCUGAGCAUGGAGCGCAUGGUGCCCGCAGGCAUGGGGGCAGGCCUGGAGCGCAUGGGCCCUGUGAUGGAUCGCAUGGCCACCGGCCUGGAGCGCAUGGGCGCCAACAACCUGGAGCGCAUGGGCCUGGAGCGUAUGGGCGCCAACAGUCUCAAGCGCAUGGGCCUGGAGCGCAUGGGCGCCAACAGCCUGGAACGCAUGGGUCCCGCCAUGGGCCCGGCCCUGGGCGCUGGCAUUGAGCGCAUGGGCCUGGCCAUGGGUGGUGGUGGCGGUGCCAGCUUUGACCGUGCCAUCGAGAUGGAGCGUGGCAACUUUGGAGGAAGCUUCGCAGGUUCCUUUGGUGGAGCCGGAGGCCAUGCUCCUGGGGUGGCCAGGAAGGCCUGCCAGAUAUUUGUGAGAAAUCUCCCAUUUGAUUUUACAUGGAAGAUGCUAAAAGACAAGUUCAACGAAUGUGGCCACGUGCUGUAUGCCGACAUCAAGAUGGAGAAUGGGAAGUCCAAGGGGUGCGGUGUGGUUAAGUUUGAGUCGCCAGAGGUGGCUGAGAGAGCCUGCCGGAUGAUGAAUGGGAUGAAGCUGAGUGGCCGAGAGAUUGAUGUUCGAAUCGAUAGAAAUGCUUAAGCAGUUGCCUUUUUUAAACAUCGAUACCAGACCUCUGAAUUUGUAUUUUUUCUUGUUAACCAUUUUAAUUUGUUGGCUGGAUGUAUAAAGAUGUUUAAAAAAUUCAGUUGCUUUUUGGGGUAAUUUGAAUUACUUUUUUAAUGACUGGGAUUCCAUUUGACUGUUUGCAUUGAGAUUGCAA